GGCCCCGCCCGGGGCGGCUAAAGCGACGUGUCCUUGUCCCCCGUGGGCAGCCUCGGCGCGUGCGGCGCGGAUCCCCAGCUCCAAGGGCCUCACCUCCCUGUCGCCACCUCCUGGGACAGCCAGUCCAGGGCCAUGAAGACCAAGAACCGGCCCCCGCGGCGCCGGGCCCCGGUGCAGCACACAGAGGCCACCCCUGGGGAGGGGACGCCAGAGGGGUCCCUGCCGAACCCGGGGCCAGAGCCAUCCAAGGGUCUGCGAAGCCGGCCGGCGCGGGCCGCAGCAGGGGCGAGGGGUGAAGGCGGGCGCAGGCGUCCAGGCCCCUCGGGACCCGGUGGCCGUCGUGACAGCAGCAUCCAGCGGCGGCUGGAGAGCAACGAGAGGGAGCGGCAGCGGAUGCAUAAGCUCAAUAACGCCUUCCAGGCCCUCCGUGAAGUCAUCCCGCACGUGCGCGCCGAUAAGAAGCUCUCCAAGAUCGAGACACUCACACUGGCCAAGAACUACAUCAAAUCACUGACGGCCACCAUCCUGACCAUGUCCAGCAGCCGCCUCCCGGGCCUAGAGGGGCCGGGCCCCAAGCUCUACCAGCACUACCAGCAGCAGCAGCAGCAGCAGGCGGCUGGGGGCACGUUGGGGGCCACCGAGGCCCAGCCCCAGGGCCACCUGCAGAGGUACUCCACCCAGAUCCACAGCUUCCGAGAGGGCACCUAACGCCCAGCCCUGGGUGGGGGUGGAAGUGGCCGCGGCUGCCUGGCCUGCUCCUCCCAGCCCCAGUCCCUCCAAGCCGCGAGCCCCAAAUGGGCGGGGACACCCCACAAGGACGCGGCCUCAGCGGUUCCAUUUUCCCCCGAACAUUCAGCCAUUUCCCUGGAGCAAUUUUUCCUGCCCCACUGGGGACCAGCGAGUGGCCUAGUUGAGGCCGUGGCCCUGGAGAGCGGCGUGAGUCCCAAGCCUUUGGGUAGGGCCCAGGCAGAUCUGGAUUCUUCAUUGAGCCAGGCAGUCUCCUUGAAAAGGAGGAAAAGUUGAAAAACCUCCUUAGCCUUGGCACCAACGAUUCUUCACCCUGACUUCCUCCAGGGCAAGGGGAGAUCCCAGGAAAAGGGUUACCUGCAGGUUUUCCGAAGCCAAGGCCCUGGCAAGGGACCCCCGCCUCCAACCUUCAUUGUAGGGCUACAUGGGGCCUGGGCUCAGCAUCCGCAUUUGGGGUAAACUGAGGCCCGGGACAAGCGUGGCAGAGCCCAAGGCUGCUCAGGGAGUGGGGCCAAUCUGAGAUGGUUGGAGCUGCCAGAAAAUCUAAUCAGAUGACCUCAAAUUCAUCCUCAAAGGUUUGAAUAGUGGGAAGGAGCUGGAGUCUCUUCCUCCCUCCUCCCGAGUGGGGGCUCCUGGAUGUGGUGACCCCAGGCUGUGCCUGGUUGUGGAGGGUCUGGGGCAGGGUGUGAGGGCUGCUGUGGAGCUGGAGCAGGAGACAGGGCUGGGUGUCCCUGGUGCAGCCCUUCUGGGCAUGGGAG